AUGGGACAGCAGCAGAAAGUGGAUGCUAACUACCUCGUUUCCUUGAUGGCACCUGAAUUCUCUCCAGAAGGGUCCUCGCGACGACUGAAAGAAGAGGAAAUUAUGGAUAAUUUUCAAGACUUCCUAAUCAGCCUUGAGGACGAGGUUAUUACAGGCUAUACAGAAGCUAUAGCCUGUGAUACAGAUGAUGAUGCAGACCAAUGCACCAAUGAUGAUCAGGAGACUGAAACCUUUAGCAUCCCAGACCUGACACCAGCAGGAAUACUUGGUUGGCUGACGGGACAGAAACAUAGGGACAUUGGGAAAACAGACCGUGCAAUCACUGUCAAGUUUGACCAUGAAUGUUUGAUUCGCAACCCAGAACACAGGCUGUGCUUCCCUUAUGUGGGGGCCUGUGGACAAACAAUCACUUUUCCUGUUUGCCACAUGGCAGGUUUCGACAAAUUUAAAGAAAUCUUCCUAUUAGCUUUCUGUAAAGGCCAAACAUUUGCCAUGCGCUAA